AAUAAUGCUAAUGUAUAUAUGCAUUCUUUAAUAGGAUAGAUUUUUGAUGAAUAAACUUCACUUGCUAUAAAGAUAUUUAACUCUUUAGGUAAUUAUCCUGGUCAAUUCAAGGUCCGUUUCCAUUUCCAAUUAGUAAAGAUCAAACACUUACUUAUGUUGGUCCAGUUUAAAUUGAUGAAGGGUAUAUAUUACAUAGUAUUAAGAAUGAUUUACUAAGGGUAAUGGUUGGAUAGCAGGAGACAUGGCUUUGGAAAAUAACUCUAUUCCUUUGGGUCAAUAUACGAGGGGGAAUGGAACAAUGAUUAACAGCAUGGAUACGGAAGAAUGGUCUUACCUAAUGGGGAUUAGUACUCUUUCAGUCUAAGUAUUAGUUACGAAGGGCAAUGGAUAAAUGACAAGGCUUGGGGAGUUGGAAAGUACGUCAUGAUUGACGGAACAACUUAUAAUGGCGAUUGGGUUGAUGACAAACAACAUGGAGUAAUAAAUUACAUGAUAUUGAGAGAGGAGUUGAAUAAUGGAAUAAUGGGCAAAGGUAUGAAGGCACCUAUUAAUAUGGUUAAAAAACAGGUUAGGGUAUAUUUGAAUGGCCUGAUGGUUCCAAGUAUGAAGGAGAAUUACUUGAUGGUAUGCCUCAUGGAAAUGGAGAAUAUAGCUGGAAAGACGGGAAGAAAGUAAGUUUCAUACUCAUUCAUAGUAUAAUGGAGAGUGGAUGUUGAAUCAAAUGAAUGGCUAGGGAGUUUAUACAUGGCCUGAUGGAAAGACCUACAAAGGAAAUGUAAGUAAAUUACCUUAAUUCUAGUUUGAAAGGGAUGAAAGAAAUGGGUAUGGAGAAUUAGAUUGGUCUGAUGGAAGAAUUUAUAAAGGGCAAUGGAAAAAUGGAAAGCAACAUGGGGAAGGGAUGUUUACAUAUAAUAACAAAGUGAGAAAAGGGAUUUGGUAAAAUGGACAACCAAUCAGAUGGGGGCAGAGUGAAAACUUAUCAUUAUAAUGAAAGACUCA